AUGACGCUUCAGAGUAAUCCUGGAGGAGACAUCUCAGUAGGAAAUCAUUCGAAAGAUGACGCAUCCUUUCUGUCGAGGUCCGAAUCUGACUUCUCAUAUGGAGAGGAAGUUCUACCAAGUUCAGCGAGGAAAAAUCUGCCGCAGCGAGACGCCAAGAUUGGCGCAAAUGGGAUAAAUCUGUUACAGCAGAAGAAGGCAAACGGGCUCACCUUGAAGGCGGGAAAUGGUAAUUCCUUUAACAAAGGAUGUAUUGGUGAGCUCGAGGAUUAUGAUGCUAUAUCGAGUAGUCCUGAUGGUGAUGUUCCGUCUUCAUCCGUAAUAACACCAGAAAAGAAAAACCUGAGACAGAGACCAUCUAAAGAGCCAAUCUUGACAGAAAACUCCGCUGAAAAUGACUCCAAUAGAAAAAGAUGGCGAUUCGCAAGAAGUCAGUUUCAUAAUGACAGCAGUUUUGUUGUCAGCGAUAGCAAUGUCUCCAGUGCUACGAAUUCUGACGGUGGGUCAAGUGAUGAAUCUUGGACUGCAAGCGAUGACGACCAAGGCAGGAUUCGAAGUAAGCAGAGGCUGCUGAAUUCAAUCAAAGAUUCAUUCAAUAGCCCAUCUGUGCUUUCGAAAUCGAAGAAGGAACUGGACCCGGAUGAACAUUUCCUUGUAUCGCUAGCAGCGGAUUAUCCUGGGAAACGGCAUCCAGAUGCCGAAGUUUAUGUGAAAAAAGGUAUCAAGAACGAAAAUAUCCGAAUGGAGCUUACCACUCGUCUGUUCAAUAUAUUCAGGAGGCAGUGUUUCAAAGAUGAGUUACCAGAAUUCCUUCCCGUGAGAUGGAACAAUCGCCUAUGUAAAACUGCCGGAAUGUGCCGAAAUAUGUCUGAUCGCACAAGCUGUGUAGAGUUAUCACCAAAAGUAUGCAGCACUCCUGAUCGGGUCCGUGAUACUCUCAUUCAUGAACUGUGUCAUGCUGCAGUAUGGGUGGUAGAUGGGCGUCGCAAAGAGGGACAUGGUCCUUUAUGGAAAAAAAUGGGCUGCUCAAUGCAUGCGACGAUUCCUUCUCUACCAGUGAUUGAACGAUGUCACGCUUAUGAAAUUGAUGCCAAAUAUAUCUACGAGUGUGGAGGAUGUGGCCAAAAAGUGAAGCGUCAUAGUAAAUCACUAAACAUUGAUCGGAUGAUAUGUGGUAUCUGCAAGAGCCGCUUCACUCUCCAAGCGCGUACACGUACGAAAAAAGGAAUGGCUGCUGGUGAUUCGUCAGAGUUGAAUCCUUUUGCGAAAUUUGUGAAGGAAAAUUAUGGUAAACAUAAGGGGCCUGGUGUGAAGCAUGGCGAGGUGAUGCGCAUACUGGCACAGCUUUAUAAAGAAAGGACUUCGCUGACGGAUAGCGUCAAGGAGGCCGAUUCACAGGAACCUCUCGAUAUGAGCGUCACUGAGUGCCCGGAACCGCCUCUUGACAUGAGCGUGCUUUCCAUACAUGAUUAA